AUGGCGAUGUCGUCUUCGCUGCCCAAGACCGUGCUCUUCUGGCUGUUGAAGAACUGGUUCCUCCCAACGUUGAUCUUGCUUGUGGGGAGGCCAGAACUCGUCCUCUCAUACGUGAACGCUUUCAUUGUCCACCUCAUGGAUUUCGGUCAGACGUACGGGUACCAAUCCAUCCUGAUCCUCGUCAUUGGGAUAGGAGUGUUCAUCAAGUAUAUCAUGCCUCCUGCUCUUGGAGUCUUUAUCUCGUUCCUUGCAAGGAGGUUCCUGAAAGUUUCAGUCGGCUCCAUGGCAUUCCUCCGCCUGCGCAAGGUCACAGUACAGGACCCGGUUCCUUUCCUGCAGCAGGAGCAAGGGUCGAGGCUAUACUUCGAGGAGAUUGUCCUGUCAACCAAGUACUUCCAAGCCAAAGAAUCCCGGAGGAAGAAGUACUUCGCGCUGAUCCUGCGAGGGAUCGAGCUGCGAGGAACAGUCAACCUCUCGGCCUUAGCCAAGGGCUCCAAGGCUGCCGAGAAGGCUAAGGCGCCCGCGGAGGAGGAGAGCAGGUCCGGUGGGAUGAUCAACGACAUGAAGCGACUUGUGAUCGGGAUCUUGAAGCCUUUCCUCUCUCGCUUCAUCGCGUGGAUGCUUGCCUCCUGGGUCGAGCUCAUCGUCAUAGACGCCAAUGUAGUGCUACAGAUCCCUGGCAUGGACAGCAUCAUUCUAAGCAUGAAGGAGCUGACGCUGUUCUCGGAGGACGGGCCGGACAGACGAAUGUCGAUCGAGAUGAUAACUGAGAAGAUCAGCGUCUGGCAUGAGGAGGAUGGGGACAGCUCGCGCAACGGCAGACAUCUCGACGGUAUCGAGGAGGCUGAAGGAGAUAUCCUCCCCCUUAAGAGUGUGGGUAGCAAACGCGUCCGCAGCUCUACCCUCGGUAUGUUCACCAACCUGCAUCGUCCUUGGGAGAGUGCAGAUGAGAAGAGAUCGAUGAAGACACGGCUGCUGCUCAUCAACAGCUUCACCGUAGGCGCUCAGUGCUCCAUCACCAUCUCCUCAGCCUCGUUGAAGUGCGUGAGUGUGUUUGUUGGCCAGACGUCUGUGUCAUGUGACAGCGACGUUGUGUUACGGGCGAUGAAUGUGUAUCAGAACUGGAAGAUGCUGUCGCUAUCGAGGAUAGAGAGAGAAGACUCGCAGCAGGCAGGCCUAGAAGCAGAGGUCUCGUCAGGGUCCUCGACAUACCUGAAACAUCCUCAGUCCCCUGCUCGGCUCGGAUUCGAAAGUCUCAUGAGGAGGAGCGGGCGGGGACAGGAGGAGAGCCUGGUGAAGAAGGUCGGCUCUCGUCUCGCGAGCAGGGCCCGUCUCUCCAUCAUGGAAACACUCAACAGCCCCGACGUUGUCAGGCGGACAAGCUCGGCAGUCGCACGCAGCCUCUUCCGCUCGAGCUCCAUGGGGAUGCAGGCCGACAUGGCCGGGGCCAGCAAGCUGACUGCCGGCGCAGAGCAGAAGAGAGGAGGACAGAAGACAACACCGGCGAUGAUGGUCAACAAGUUGAAACAGAACAUGCAUCUGCUACCCGACUGCAUCUCCUUCAAGUUUGAGACGAUUUCCUUUGCUCUUGCCAUGCAGAGCUCGAAGCUUGACCGAGGGAUGAUGAACAACGAUAGAGUGAUGCUCAAGGUAGAGCUGAGCAGCCACAACGACAAGGAAAUGAUGUCGGAGUUGAGAAUCGACCGCGAGAUCCUGCUGGUGGACUCAGGGGAGGGAGAGGACGAGGACGAGAGGAGAGGAGAGCAGGGAAGGGACCAACAUCACCGCGUCCACCAGGUUCAGGUGGUCCUGUCAGACAUGCUGCGGUUACAAGUGUCGGAGAGCUGUAUCGAUUUCGAAGCCUCGCUGGUAAUCCCGGAGGUCAAGGGGAGAUGGAGAAAUGCAGUUGACCUAAGACCGUCGUUUCAUCCUUCUCUUGACAUAGCUAGACUUGAAGUUGUCACUGAGUCCUCCCUCCCCCUCAGCACCCUGGACUUUGUCGACAUGAUCAAGAGGCAUGCGGAGCAAGAGCUCAUGGCCGACAGCUCCUUCGCUUCCUCCUCCUUCCUCUUCAGCCGAGUCAAGUCCGACGGCAACGAUGUCGUCCUCGAGCCGUCCUCCGAUCCCGGCGGCAGCGAUCCUCGGCUCAACUUCAGCUUCGUCCUCCAGCACGCGCUAGGGAGGGUGAGGCUGAGGAUGAGCAAAGGAGAACCGGUCGAUUUCAUCCUCGACUGCGGCAGGCCUUGUCCUCCAAGCGAGACCUGCUCCCUCUACGUCCACCUCAAGGGCUUGCUCAAGGGGAAGCCGGAGCCGCUAGGGGAGGAGAGGGCGAUAGGAGAAGUGUCCGGGAUCCUCGUGUCGCUAGAGAGGAGGAGUAUGAGCAUGCUGUUGGAGGCUGUGCUCCCCUUGCAGCGGGGGAGGAGCGGCAGGUCCCACAAGUCGAAGAGGAAGGAGAAGGACGUUGCUGUUCCUUUCCGCAUCCACUUUCAGAACGUGCGGCUGGUGGUGUGCUCCGAGCUCUGCCCUCUCCUGCGGGAGUCGCAGCUGUUUGCGAGGAAGGAAGGCAAGAGCGGCAGGAGCCCGUUGAGGAGGAGAGAGAGGGAGAGGAGGAAGGGGGAGGGGGAGGAGGAGGAAGGGAAGGAAGAGGAGGAGGAGAGACGAAAUCUUUCAGGAGUGUUUGGCAUCUGCCUACUGCAGGGGGUUGUGGAGCAGGACGAGGAGAAGAAUUUGUUAGUCCGGCUCUCGCACGAGGACGUCGACUUCCCGCAAGUGUUGAGGAGGGGAUGUCAGAGGAGGUCAGCUAUCGUCGUCUCGUUCCGGGAGAAGCAUGCUGGCACAGACAGUCUGCUGGUGCCAUCGUGGGAGGAGGGAGACAACGAACUGCAGUCGGAAUGGAGGGAGGAGAAGAGGAGGAAGCAGUGCACUGCCGAGGAGGAAGGUCAUAUCCUGCUGAGCGUGCGAUCGCUGCAGCUGCAGCUGGGGGCGGAGGAUGCGGUGGUGGAUAAUCGCUUGGAGGACAGCGCGGAGGACUGGAGGGAGCUGUACAAGAGCAACAGCGGCAACGACCAGCCCGUGCGAGGAGACUCGUACCAGGAGCGGGAGAGCGUCACCUGCCAGCUGAGCAGGAGGCUGUCUGUGGAUGUCAGGGGGGUGCGAGUGUACUGGGAGUCCAGCGUGCAGUUCUCCUUGCUGAUCCUGCUGCUGCAGUACGUCAAAGAGGCUCUGGAGAUCCGUCGGAGGCAGGACAUGUUCCCCCACAAGCCUGAGUGGACUUCUGUGCACAGCGGACGAGAGCAGGACGGGGAGGAGUGUGCGCUGGAGGACAAGCUUAAGAAGUUGGGGAUCAAACAGUUCUCCCUCAGCCUCGCUGACGUCAUCGUCAACCUGCAGUUCAGCCCCCGCGCCAUCAUCGCCCUGCGCAUGGCCUGCUGGCGUCUCGACCUGAUGAGGGUUGUGGUCGACAAGGAGGCUGCCAGGCUCCUCAAGUGGUUCUUCUGCUGCCGCGUCUCACAGUUCGCCGCGUAUCGUCUCCGUGGCUCGGUGUGGGACGCAGAGUACGAGGAGGAAGACGAGGUGAGGGAGGAGGAGGAGGAGGCGAGGGAGCCGUCCAUAGCGCACGAUAAGAUUGUGGAGUUGACGGCGCUAAGGGCAAUGGUUCCUCUGGAAGUAGCAAGCGCCAAGAAGGCGGAGUACGCAGGGCCGGACGUUGUGUUCCACUGCGACGACCUCAAGGUCAACGUGCCGUUCCCCGCCAACAUUACCCUGCACGGACGGCAGGAGGGGCUACGAGGGAGGUGGGAGGACCAGCCGGCCGAUGCUGACAAGCGAGCGGCUGCUGCGGAGUUGGGUCUAGUGAUGUCCGACGUCCUGCUCGUGAUGAAGGGGCUGCUGCUGCUCGCAAAGAGUUUCGCGGAGGAGGCAGAGGGAUCAGAGAAGAACAAGCACAAGGUCACAGGUUUCCCUCCUGCCCUCCCCUGGUUCCGAGGCAGCAUCUCCAACAUCUCCAUCAGAGUCGAAGACGACCGGUUCGAGGUCUGGAUGAGCGCCUUCUACCGCCUGCAGCUGGACGAGAGCAGGGAGAGGGAGAGGAGAGAAGCGAUCCUCGAGGAGAAGCUGGCGCAGCAAGUCGUAGGCAACCAGCUCUCUGCUCAGGCUGCGGAGAAGCUCGAGAGUCUUGCUCGGGCAAGGACGAUGGAGAUGCAGUCGCGCUGCUGGAAGGAGCGGGUAGACAAGUUCAGCCUCUGCGACUACUUCAGAGAUCCUCCUCCCCUCCUUAACUUCACCGUCGGCUCGCUCGCUGCCAAGUUCAAACCUCUUCCUCCUGCCCACCUCGAGAAACAGGUGGAGGCGCUGGAUCUUUCCGGCAUCAACAUGAAGUCAGGCUUGUGGCCGAUCUUCGACAUGAUUGUCGGCGCAGAGGUCGAGCAGCUCACAGCCACCAGCGUCUGCGUGCGCAUCCGAGACUACAGCGAGCCGCUGCUGGCCACCUCCUCCCUCAACGUCACGGGGAAGAAAGGGAAGCAGCUCAAGGGAUACAUCAUCGCUACUGAGGAGGUCGCCCCUGCUACUCAUAGGACUGUCGUUGAAAAGGUUGCGUACGGUCCCUGCUAUGUUCCCGGCAUCGGCAUCAUCAGCAUGGUCGCCUCCUGCCUGUUCCCCCCUGGGAUGGAUCCAAGUCCUCCUCUUAGCUCCUGGGACAAGGCGAGGAUGCUCCUGCACGGCAGCUGCGACCUCCACAUGGACAAGGCCUCGCUCCGCCUCCUCUCAGACAAGAACCCUUACGAGGCGCGCCAAUGCUUUCAGAUGCGAGCUGAGCCAGUUACCAUCACCUACGAGUGCUCGUCGCCCUCACCGUCUCCUUCCAUCGUCUCUCCCCUGGCAAAACCCUCCUCCUCUACCGCUAGCCAGCAGCAGCAGCAGCAGCAGCAGCAGCGGGUGGGGAGGAUCCACAUCGACGUCGAGAUGGUCGAGUGGGCGAUUCAGAGCAUGAGCAAGGAGAUGGCGAGCUACAUGCUGCUGCGCAAGCCUUUCUUCAAGGCCGUCAGGAUGAACAUCACAGUCAGCUUGCACUGGAACUGCCUCGGGUCUCCCUUCGAACAUCAUCUUACCCAGAUGGUCUCCGAGACCAUGACAAGAGCCAACGGGAGCGGCUCCCCGCCCCCUCCUCCUCACCUCUCCUCCUCCUCCUAUCCGGACAGGAUCUCGCGCAACUCGUCGGAAAUCAGCGAGUUCGAGGAUGCGAUCUCGGCAGUCGACGACAGCCAAUGGGACGCCCCCAGCAGCCACCCAGCUGGGGAAGAUGAAGCUGAGGAGGGAGGGGAGGAGGCAGGUGGCGGGGUGCUGGGGUCGAACUUCGACACCUUCCGGUCGUUCCGCUCCUCCGCGCUCGCGUUGACGUCCAGGUUGUCAACCUUUGCAGCUCACAGCGUCUUGCAUCUCAACACCAUCCGAUGGCUCAAGGCGUUCAUGUCUGCGUUCGAGAUGGACGCUGAUCCCGUGAUCCGAUUCACGGGGAAGGUGGAGGAGAGGAGCGGGAAGUGCUGGAAGGUGGCGAACGUCAAGAGCUCGUUCGGCAAGCAUGUCAAGGCGAUGAACAUCAUGCUGCUCAGCAAGAACCUGGAGCUCGACUGCUUCUACGUCGGAGAGCACAGGGAGUUUGCGGGGGAGGCUGCCGCAGCCAAGAGCACAGUGCUGGCGUUCACUGGGGAGAGUCUGCAGGUCAACACGAGGGUGGAGCGAUCGUCGCUGAGCCUCGGCGGGGAGCAGCAGCACGAGGACGCGGUUGACGACCUGGAGAACGCGACCGGGUCAUGGCAGACGGUUGAUACCUCCCUGAGGAUGAAGAACCUGGUCGUCGCCGCCCUCCCUCCCGUCGUCGGAGAAGACUUGACCGUCUCUCCUGCUCAUCCCAUCGCCUCUGCAGUCGAGGUCGAGUUCCUCUCCGGUGAAUCCCUGCAGACCAAGGGCAAGUCGCAGGUCGACUCGCUGUCGCCGCAGCGGACGAACAGGACGGCGUCGAUCACUCGGAGCAUGGAAGCAAAGCUGAGCAAAGACCCGUCUAACUUAGAGGGAGCUGAGAUGCACCAGUGGCUGCUCAGGCAGCACAGCAUCCUCAGCUGGAGACAACGCAGGAGGUCAGCUCAGUCUCCCCAGCCUGCCCAACUCUCCGUCUCCUCCCUCCAGCAGGUGCUCAGCAGCCUGGUGAAGGCGAGGCUCAUCCACGACCACACCUACCGCUUCAAGGUCUACCACCGCGUCUUCCUGGGCACUCAGUUCGUCGACUGGUGCCUGCAGGAGAACUGGAGCAGCUCGAGGGAGGAGGCGGUGGUGCUGGGGCAGAGUCUCAUGGACGAGAAGUUGAUCCGUCGGGUCCCGCAGUCCCCUCACUUCGAGGACUCGCCCACCUUCUACCGCAUCCGCGAGUCUGUGGUCCCCGAGCAGACGGUCGAGCUGGACAGCAACAGCUGGAGCAAGGUGUGGGGGAGCCAGAGGCCAGGACGGGCCAAGUUGAAGGAGGAGCAGGGGAUGGUGGGGAACGAGGACCCCUCCUUCAAGCUCAUUCUGAGGGGGCUCUGCCUCCAGUGGACCAGCGAAAUCCGGGAGAUCAUGAGGGACUGGCAAGUCCUCUACACCCUCGCCACCCGCUCCCACGUCAGCCGCAGGUACCCUGUGAUCGACUGCUCCAGCUCGCCCCCAGCUGAGAGCUCCCCCUCCACGAUGACUUCGGAUGAGGAGGCCAGGGUCUCCCCAGCUCUGGCCCAGCCCUCGUCCUCUUCAGCAGCGAUGCUGGAGAGCGAGGCGGGGGUGAGCCUGGUGGAGCAUCUGAUCAAGACGUCGAUGCUGCAGACGAGCGCGUACGUCGAGUCGAGCCAGGGGAAGGACGGGGAGCGAGGCUUUACCUCCAUCCUCACCUCCCCGCGGGGAGAGGACAGGAGCACGACCUCCAACAUCGUCAGCUCCAUCGCCCUCCUCAAGAACAAGAUGCCCAAAAGGUGCGACGUGCGGUGGAUCGUGCAGUUCCUGGACGCGCAGCUCGGGGUUGAGACGGGGGAGCUGGCCGGGCCCGGGUCGGGAGCUGAGAGGGUCAUCGUGCAUGCUGAGAGCGGGACCAUGAAGCUGCUCUACUUCGACUUCUCGUCCGGGCAGGGGGUGGGAGGGGAGGGGAACAAGUCAGACACGGAGAUCAGGCUGCUGGAGAUGAGCAACCUGCAGGCGUUCGUGGUAGAGAAGGACCGGGAAGCCGACGCGUCCGCUGGGAGGGGAGAGCCGUCGAGCAUCGUGGAGAGGUGGGGGACGACGGUGUGGAGGACGAAGGAACAGGGUGCCGACCUGCUCCAGCCCGUCCUGUCGAUCGAGGGGCUGGACGAGAGGGGCCGGCCGGACCCGACGGGAACUGCCAUGUCCCUCUCGCUCUCUAAGGCUGUGACCGACCUCAUCGGGAGCCAGACGCAGACCAACGCUCCCAAGGAGUCAGCUGGGGAGCAGGCGGGGUCGGAGGUUGAGGUUUUGUUCUUCAACCUGAAGCUGGCAACGGACACGAGCCAGUUUCCCCCCCUGCUGAACUGCCUCAAGGACAUGAUGACGCCUGUGUCGGCCGACAAGUUCAUGGCAGAGGAGACGAGAAACAUGCGGCAUAUGGUUCAGCUCAUGCCUCAGGUGGCGCUUGACCUCGAGAAGAUGAAGGAGGACCAGCUGCGCCUCCUGCAGGAGAUUGAGAGUCUACAGAACCGCUACGCCGACAUCGAACGACAGCAGCUAAGCAUCUCCUCGGAGGCGCGGGGGCAGGACGGUGAGCUGAGGGCCAUCUGGAAGCAGCAGGAGAAGGAGAAGUUCGUGCUGGGGAACCAGCUGGCGGAGAAGAGGGAGGGGUACGCGCAAGUCUCCAAGAAGAUCACUGCUCUGACCACAGCGUCGGAGGCGUCGGAGCAGAAGGACAGGAUAGGGCGGAUCACGCUGCAGGUCAAGAGGGGGUCGUGGCUCAUAGGGCCGAGGGAGAAGCGGAUAGCAAACCUGUCCAUCCGGGGGGUGAGGUUUUCCCAGCUCAACAACGUGGCCCUUGGGGUUCCCAUCGACUACACGUUCCGCCUUUCCUUCCUACAGAUCGAGAGCUUGCUCGAGGACCCGUGGAACGCCGACUUCCGGCAAGUGCUCGGACCUCUCUACAGCAAGGAUGACUUCAACUUCGUCGACGACAAGUUCUUCAACAGGAGCGACUCAGCCAUGCUCUCUGUGCAUGCCGAGCAGCUGGCCAAGCCCGAGGGAGAUCAAGUCGUUUUCUCCCUCUUCUCUGUUGAGAUCUAUCCUAUCAAGAUCCAGAUCACCGAGGACCUCUACAAUGGCAUCUACACAUUCUUCUUCCCCGGCAAGUGGAAGGUGAACCAGGGACUGAGGGAGUGGGAGCACGAGGGGCUCCCCCUGUACCUGUACGACAAGGAGAACCGCAAGGUCGUCCUCCUUGAGCAGAAGCGACAGUUCUACCAUGUCGUCAAGAAGUCUGCUCGCCCCUCCCUCACCGACGACUCCAACCUCUUCUCCGUCUCCUCCGCCACGAGGAGGAAGAGCGUCGAUGCCUUCGCAGGAGUGGAUCAGGUGCGGGACGGGGAGGGCAAGGCAAGGCUCUACGAGGAAGCAAGCUUCAUCUUCCCCGCAGGCGAAGGGUCGAGGUUCGUUGCGAGGACGAACAAGGACGUGGAGGAGAUGAAGUUGAGAGCUCGCGAUCACAUUGAGUUCAACGACGUCCGCUUCCUCUCCUGCCUCCGGCAACGAGGCCUCGAGGUCUCCAUCAGCUACAAGAGCAGGAAGGGAGCUAUCCCUGACAUCGACAACCUCGUCGUCGAGCUCCCCGACGUCAACUUCCCCAAGGAGCGGCAGCAUGACGGCGCCAUCGUGUGCACAUGGCAGGAGCUGUACCACAUGUGGCUGCACGAAGUGAAGUGGCCAGUCAUCAGCCAGGUGACCCGCAGCAUCUGGGACAAAGUGAAGUGGAGGAGGAGGGCUGCAGACACAAGCUUCUCCGGCAUGGAGGCGGUUGGGAAGGAGCGAGUGCUGGAGCGCAAGGGCUCGAGCGAGGAGUACAGCAAGGUGGCCAAGUCCAUCUACUCCCCCAGGGGAGGCUCGAUCCACACGGAGGAAGCGUUCCGCGAGAAGGAGAUGCUGCAGGCACGGUCCUCCUACCUCACGCAGAAGAGCAUCAGCCAAGUUCGCAACAGCUACUUGUAG